UUGUGUAUAAGUGUGUGUUAAUGCUGGACAGUGAUUUGUAAAGGUUUCCUGUUAUUUUCUUUCUCACUCGGGAGGAAGUCUCGUGCCAGGACUUACAUCCCUACCAGUUUUGAUAAAGGGGGGAGUUUUCCAUCACGUUCUUUCCUGAGGGUGGGUCAACACACACACACACACACACACACACACUGAGCAUUGCAGUCUUGGCUACAGUAACUGCAGACCCUGAACAUGGCGAGGGGACGCAUGGAGAGAGUGGAAUGUGAGGGAGUGAGUGUGUUCCUGCUCAUCAUCCUCGCUGUUCACCACCACACUGUGGAGGCGGAGGUGGAGGUGAAGAAGAUGGACAUGGCUCCUUAUGCGGUAGACUUUGACUUCUUAGAGUGUCGAAAUGAAAUGCUGAAGGCUGUUACUGAAACGGGCGGCCUGCUGCAGAAGGAACUCGAUGCUGAUAAAGAGUUUAAGACGUUGUGGAGUAAAAACGACGACGUGUGCCAAAAGAGCGUUCCCGGUGGAACGCCGGAUCACGUGCGUGCUCUACACGUGUACGCAAAUUCUAAAAAUUCAUUCAGAAAAAGGUUCAAUAAUUUGGUUCAGAUAAAAGGCGCAAACGUCACGACCUACAAAGACGGAUUUCACUUCAAGUCUCUUUACUUUUUCCUGAUGGACUCCAUGCGACUGCUGAAGCAUACGAACAGCUGUAGGAACGUGUACUACGCCACCAAGAACAAGUACAUGGCAGAUGAAAAGGCAGAGGUCCGAUUCGGAAGAUUCAUGAAUGCCGUAAAUACAAAGAGCUCUCAAAUUGAAACAAUUGAUACAGAAGAAGGUGGCACCUUUUUUUCCAUCAAUUCCUGUUUUGUGUUUAAUGUUGAAGAGAACACGUGUAAAUCUGACGAAAUGCAGAAUAUCAUUUCUCCAGUGGAGGUCUUCAGAGUGCAGAGCGUUAAAGUUAAAACCACCAAUGAUAAUACCAAGUAUAAAGAAAUCACUCUACAACACUCACGCUUUCUCAGCACUCCGAGCUGUCCUUUCCUCCCAAGGAACACUGCGGAUGUUGGCGCCUCCACGUCUCUGUUUUUUAUACUACUGACAGUUACGGCUUCUUUACUGACUCAGUUCAGCCUGUCGCCGUGACUCACGUCUUGUGUACUUUUCUAUACAUUUUUUCCAGUUUUUUUAUUGAAGCGUUUCAAUUCUUUAAUCAGGGUGGACAAAAUCCACAAACCAUGUAGUUGUGUUAAAGUAGAGAGUCCCUUUAAACUUUCACUUGAGUAAAAGUACAAACGUUUUUGAAUUCAUAAGCACUAUAAUGUUCCUAUUAUCGUUUUUUUGUCACGAGACUCUUUACUUCAACUCAAAUCACGUGAAAACGAUAUUAAUGAUUCAAACUCCGAUUGAUUACUAUUCGAAUGAUCACGAACCCAAAAGCAUCUUUUUAGUCAGAAGUUUAUUUUAUUCCUCUUCAAAUCUUCUGCCUGCUGUUGAACUGACGCUGAAGUGUAUGUUGGUGAUCGGUAGAUACACCAAGCGAAUUCCUCGCGAUCGAUCCUGAUUGGUGGUUUGCUGCGCGUUUGACCAGUUUAUAUCCAAUCAAAAAAUAAAUAAAUACAAAAUUAAGUCAAAUAUUCAACUUUUACUGAAAAUUCACUACAUUCUAAAGUCUCCCAAAUUGGAAAUACUUCAGUAAAGUUCAGAUACACGGAAAAACUACAAUCAUUUAAGGUCAGAUCCAUGGAAUUGUAGCCACGUGAUUCAUUAGUGAAGAUCUAGAUGCCUGAGUGUUCUCCACAGUUUUGCAAAUUUGAAAUUUUUUUCAAUAGUAUAUGAAGUUUUCACCGAUUUGUGCAGGAAAUUCAGUAUAACUUAUACUGCUGUAGUAGUUUGUGUUUUUGUUUGUUUUUAUAGUAGGUCUCGUUUCGUCUAGUGUUUCAAAGGAGACUAAAUAUUGACUUUUGUUUUUAGAAAAGUGUACAGUAGAAUUUUUUUGUCGUAACCGCGUCCAAUAGACUGCGUCCACAUUUUAACAGGCUUCUCAGACGGCUUCUCAGACGGCUGCUAGACGUAAACAGUGCCUGAGCCGUGGGUGAAAAUGAAGCCUGAAUGUGGUGUCAUUAGUGUGAAUCGUUUGUGAAUGGGUUUUUCACUGUGUGGCUGUUGAAGGGUUAAUACAGCUUCAUUAUUGCUCCUUUCUUAGAUGCUUGUAGACAGGAAGUGUGAAAGAGGAAGGAACCUCAAACCUUAGUCUCACGUUUCUGAACAGAUUUUCAGAAAGCAGCAUGUUCUUUUAAAAUCCUCAUUCAGAAUUGGUUUAUUAAACUGAAUUUUAUUUAUCUUGUAAUCAUCUGUAGAUGUUUCUCCUGAGUGUUUAGGUGAAUAAACGCACAGAACCCUGAGACUGAA